AUGAAGGAAAUGGCGGAUGCCCAGGGUGGCAUCAUGAAUUUGGGAUUUCAGAAGGAUGACGAAACAGAACUACAAACCCGAAGUCGACUGGUGAAAAAUGCUUUUCGAGAAGAUCAGAAUUGCAUUAUUUUGAGGGUAGAUACCCAUAUCAACAGUCACAAAGGUGUCAACCCAUUCGGAUUCCAUUUUGAGAUGGAUAAGAAGAGAUAUGUCUCAAGGAAGAAGCAGAUUAGGAGGGAAAAGAUCACUCAAUGGCUGUCCUGGCUGGCCUAUUAUCAUCAUAAAUUCGGCAUUCGACAUCUUCUGCUGGUUGUAUUGUUGACAGGAUAUGUAUUCCUCGGCGGCAUGCUCUUCAAUAAAUUGGAAUCCAAGAAUGAACUCGACGACCUAAAAGAGACUCUGGUUCUAAUGCAAGGGAUAAUCCGUGAAAUGAGUGUCGAGGCGAUAAAUGUGACACUUGUUGAGGUUGUCCAAAAACAGAAUUACACUGUGGGGCAGGAUAAAAUGGGCAAGCUGAUUAAGCGUUACUACAAAGAAAUGUUAGAGGCUGAGGGGAGAUUUCAUGGCAGUGUAUGGCAUAAGGCGGAAAACCUCGAACUGCAUCUAAUGUGGUACUUCUCAUCGGCCACUUUCUAUGCAAUGACCCUUUUCACCACUAUUGGAUACGGAACAAUCACGUGCCAGACAUUCUGGGGUCGUUUUAUGUCAAUCAUCUACGCGUCAAUAGGUAUCCCCCUAAUGCUGGUGACAUUGGGUGAUGUGGGUGAAUGGUUCCAAAAGAUUGUCACAAAAGCCUAUGUAUGGGUGUUAGUACGAUACAAGAAAGUACGGAACCAGGCGAUAACGAGACCGUUGGAGGAGAUCUAUCUGCCUAUCUAUUAUGCACUCGGCAUUGUUACUGUCUAUAUCCUAUUGUGUACAUUAAUUAUAAAGGAAUUUGACCGCCAAGAAGGCAACAAACCGGGCAUCGAUUUCGGGUCGGCGCUGUAUUUCGUAUUCAUAUCCCUAACGACUAUUGGAUUGGGAGAUGUUAUGCCCUAUAAUAUACAGUACUCCCCGUUCCUGUCUGCAGCCUUCCUGCUGGGUCUAGCCAUGGUCUCUAUCGUCAAUACCUCCAUCUAUGCCGUCCUCUAUGAAAUAUUCUUCGAAAGAGUCGAAAAAGCUGAGAAUUGGCUGGACCGUAUCCACCGCCAACAUAAUAAACCAGAGGGAUGGGCCAUGGGGGGAAGGGAUAAGAAACCCGACAUCAGCCGUGGAAUCGCGGGAAUGUUGGCAAAAACGCUGUGGACGACGGCCAAUCUAUCGGAUUAUCAGGAUGCGCCAA